UCUAAUAUCGUCGAUAAGUAGGAUAUACGGUUUGGUAUCGAAGAGUACCGUGAGAUGGCGACUAUGGAACAGGUGCACUCGACCAAUCGGCGUGCGCGCAAUCCCCCUUGUCCAUCUACCGAUUAGCGCUCUGGCGGUGUCACGAACAGCGAUCGCAAUAUGGCUUCCGCCACCGCUAGCCUGUGAGAGUAUCUUCGAAGGUGACAACAUGGUGGAAUACGUAAGGGUGCGCGAAGCGUCGCGCGUGUGAAAAUUGCUAGUGUGGCCUUGUUGAGAAUUAUACAUCGAGUCGAUCGAGUGCCGAAGAAAUAGUGCAUAUGCUCGAAAAACAAAACAUUACGAGAGAAGUGAGAGAGAAGGAGACACUGUAUUCUGUUCGGUGGAGUAAGAUAAACUGUACGCACGGGCCACUAGUUAGAGAAGGAUAGAGUGACAGUGUGAUACAUCGGUUCGUUACGCUGGAGGUUUCUGACACGAAUGUGUAUCGGUUGAAAAAGUACGGAAUUCCGUGUGUUUGGCGUUCUUGAAGCGUGGUUCGACUCGGUGAUGCGAAUGUAAUAAUCGAAAAAAAAAAAAAAGGGAGUAUCAAAUCUUUCGAUGGUUGAGCACGGUGCGCGCGACUCAUACGUCGAAAGCGUGGCUCUGUCGGUGUGUGUUACGUCCCGUACACGCCGUAUCGUCUUGUACUCUUGUGUAUACGUGCGAUCUUUCGGUGUUGGAAAUUGAAAGAAGAUAGACAGACGGUACAUGAGUGUGGAAGAAUGAGAAAAAGAGUACAGAAGCACAGGGUGCACAUCGACGAGCACGACGACGUAACAGAGAGAAGAAGGCGCAAAAGAGCUAGCGAGUGAGCCAGGCGACGUUGCCAGAGUUUUCCUUCUCGCGUUCCCUACUGUACAGCACGUCCCUUCGUGCUCCGAGAAAGACCGAAACGGAGAAUAAUGUGACAAGGAGCGAGAGAAAAGUAGUGCGAGAAGCUAACACAGAAAUACAAGUGCGAGUGAGAUAGGAGUACUGAGUAGCGUGAGUCGCGCGAAAAGGAUCUAGGGAAUUUUUGUAUUCAAUCGCCGGAUUUGUCGAUUUAACUCGUUUGUGUCCUCUGGACGUGUGAUUCGUGAAUACCACGAGACGAUUCCAAAUGACGUACACACGAAACACGUGACACGUCGAGUUAGGCCGAUCGACAAGCCAUGAAGAAGCCACGCGUGGAACGGGACCGGCUUCGGGAGCGGGAACGACAGGCCCGCGCGGCGAUGUCGGUCCAGGCCGAACAAGCGGCUGCAGGAGGUGGUCCUGACACCAGACACCAUCAUCAUGGCCACCAUAAUCACGCUCACCAUCAUGUUAAUCCGCAUGCCGUCACCGCACCACUCUUCCGUGCUCCCGUCAGGGUGAAUCCGGACGCCCGGGACAGCACGACGCAGCAGAUUCAAUCAAAAUUAGGCAACUACUCGUUGGUGAAACAUCUACUGGACGAGCCUAAACGGCUGAUCGGCAUCGAGGGUGUACCGCCGAGCCCUGCCCCUCCGCCGCCGACCUCCUCGUUCCUUCGAAUGAGUUCCAGUUCGGUCGGCGCCAAUUCCAGGAGCUCGCCCUCCUCCCAAGAAUUCAAGAAGCCGGGAGGGCCUCGCCCCGACGCUUCCUCCUCCUCCUCCUCCUCCUCCUCCUCCUCCUCUUCCUCCUCGACGUCAUCUUUGUCUUCGUCGUCGUCUUCGUCGUCGUCGUCGUCGACUUCGACGUCGUCAUCGAGUCAUCAACGCGGCGGUUUCGUGAAGCCAGCCGACGGGAAGCCGCCGUACGGGGGCAGGGGUGGUUACCCCGGCCAGCCGGUGAAGCACGGGGGCAACAGCAACGAUCAUAGGAGCCACGGUUUAUUACCCGCCAAAGGACCGCCCACGAAUUCGCCCGGGAACGGAACGCUCGCUGGCAAUUCCAGUAUCGGGAAUUCCAGCGGCAGCAGGCUUCACUGUGUCGGCAGCAGACUGUCCAGGUUACCUCUCGAUAACGGAAGCUCGAGACCUGGCCCCACCGAGAAUUCGGCCGAUGUGGAGAAUAUAUUAAAGGAAAUGACCAUGCCACCCACGCCUCUCACGGCCAUCGCCCAGACGCCGAGGAAGGAGCUCGAGUCGAAGUUCACGUUCAAUCCUGUGAUGGCGAAGUUGACCGAAGUGACGCCGCAGGAAGCCACGAAGCCUCAACGCGAGCGGCACAACGCCAACAGGUUAUCGGCGGAUUUGGAGCGCGACUUAAGCUUGAGCGAGGACAGCGAGGAUGAGGCAAGCAAGGAAACGUCAUCGCAGACAACGAGGGGAAACAGAAGCCCCGACCUCACGGUCGAUUUAUCGAUACCGGCGAUGACGCCAGCCCCGCCGCCGCUGGCGCCCAUGUCGCCCAUGGGCCCGUCACCGGUCGGCCCUUUGUCGCCCGCGAGGCCGCUCAGCCCGAGCAGGCCGCCCUCGCCGCCCAAGCAGAUGACGCCCGAGCAAGCGAUCUCGCCCGCGCCGGUCAGCCCCCUGCAAUCGAAGGGCUCGCCGAGCCCCAACGCGCACCAGAGGCCGCCCAGCCCCUCGGGCCAGGCGAUGCAGAGCUCGGCAAGCGCCAGCUCCACGUCCGACACCGGAUCCGACUCCGGCUCGGACAGCAGCGACGACUCCGAGGAGGAGGCCAGCCCCCCGCCCGCCAAAGGCCCCUCCACCCCUCCCUCCGUGUCGCCAAAGAAUGAGAAUAUGAUAGAGGAGCCGCCGCCCGCGAUCGAGGAGCCCAAAUCGAGGAGUUGGAACUUGGAGUCGUUUUUCAACAAGACGAACGCCAUGCCCCACGGGGAACAGAACUCGGAGAACAAACAGGCGCAGGAUUGCAACAGGCGGCAAGAUUCGCCUAUGGUGACGGCGGUGGACGCCAGAGCGCACAGGAGCAAGGCGGCGCACGACUGGCAGCUGGACGAGGCCCUGAAGAGGACCCGCAACAUGACCAUGAUAAGCGUGCUGUACAGCGACAGCGACCGGCCUUCGGACCAAGAGAAGGGCCAGCCGGUGGAGGAGAAUCGGGCGCAGCCCGAGAAGCCGAAGGUGGACGCGAGGAAGCGUGGCCGGCCGAGGAAACCGGCGAACCCGAAGCCCGGCCAUCGAACGUCGGACGAGAGUUUGAAGAGCGGGAAACCUCGCAGCAGAACGAGAGGGGUGGGCAGCCACGUGAAGAAGAAACCGCCCCUCUCGAAGGCGAACAUAUCCACCAGCGAGGACGAGAGCGACGACAGGUCGCAGGGGGCGUCGAGCGACUCCGACAGCGAUCGACCGACCAGGGUUUCGCCCGGCGUCGCGGCCAUGAACGACAAGAGGCGAUCCAGAUUGAGCGGAUCCUCGAGCGAGGACGAGAGCCCGCCCAAGGGGAAGAGUAACAACAACAACGUGUCCGAGGACGACACCUCGCGUUGGAGAAGGAUGACCAACAUCAAGAGGAGCAAGCUGGGCGAUUCGCCGAAGAAACAGGAGAAGAAGAGCCCGGCCAAGGCGAAACCUAGAAGGUCCACCUCGCGGGUCAACAACGGAUCCGAUUCCGACAGCGAGUCGGAAAUAGUGAGGAAUCGUAUCCAGGUUGCCAGUGGGUGCAGAGUACCUCCGAGGCCGAGAGUCCCACCGACCCGAGAUACCUCCCCGGAAAACUCGGACAGCGACAACAGUCCGGGUCCAAAGUUGCAGGAGGAGGACGCGGGCAACGUACAGGACAAGAAGAAGAGCGACACUCUUCGAAAAGUGUUCUCGUCUUCGAUAGGGGGAGGGAAGGGCGGGGGCAAGGGGGGCAAGGGUGGCAAGGGCGGGGGGAAAUGCGGGAUUUUCGUGGAGGAGUACACGACGUCCGCGAACACACCGACCGGCGGGGAGAGCCCGUACAAGAGACCGUCGUCCCAGGCGUCGAACGUGACCCAAUCUUUCCCGCCGCUCACGCGCGUGAACGGCGUGCCGAGUUUGUACUGCAGAAUCGAGCUGAGCAAACUUCAGCACGUGUCGCAGUUAUCGAGGGGUCAAGAGUUGAGACAACGCACAGAACUUCCAAACACGAGGCCGUCGUCGAGGCAAGCCUCGACGCUCGUCCAUCAACCCCCUCGGCCGCCCACGCCGGAGGAAGGGGAGAUCGUCGACACGCCACCGCCUCAACAGGACCCGAGGAUCCACGGUGACGCGUUGCUGGUCGACGGUGAUGUUAAAAAUCGCGCUGUGAUCAAGGGCGAGCCUAUAUCGGACACGAAGGGUAAUUGCGGUAUAGGCCUCGCCGCGGGUGUCGUCGGUGCGGGUGCUAGUGGAGCGAGUGGUGCUAGUAGUACGGGUAACGCGCCCAAGAGGAAACGUAAUCCGAGUUGUAGUUCUGUGUCCAGUUUAAGUACCGUGUGUUCCAUAGAUACGAAGACGAAAGGGUCGGGAGAGCACAAAGACAGGAAGAAGAAAAAGAGGAAACAUGGCGACGUCGAGUCUGUUACCGUUUCGUCGAGGCCAUCUUCCAGUCAGCAAAAUGAUAUUCAACCCACGAAUCACGAACGGGAAGAAAAACCUGACACUAGUUUGUUGCCACCACCGCCACCGCCUCAGCGCGUUUAUUAUUCCUACUUUAAUCCUCAAAAUGAAGUUUUAGAGGAUCAGGAUAGGUGGGACCAGAAUCAGUACCUGAUGGAAGCGAAGCGGCUCAAGCACAGCGCCGACAAAGAGUGCGAGCUCACGGCGCAGGGUAUGCUUUACCUAGAGGCCGUGUUAUGCUUUUUACUUACUGGAAAUGCUAUGGAGUCGGAUCCUCUCACGGAGAGAGCGUCGUUUACUAUGUACAGAGAUACGCUCAGUCUCAUCAGAUAUAUUUCCUCCAAGUUCAAGAGCCAGCAGAACAACUCGCCGGAGAGCAGUAUACAUAACAAGCUGGCCAUUCUGAGUCUCUUUUGCCAGUCCCUCAUAUACUUGAAACUGUUCAAGAUGCGCAGACACGAAAUCAAAGAGAGUCAAAAAAUUUUGAAUGAUUAUCAUCAAAAGCCUGCUCAGGCAACAACGGUUCAACCAGAGGGACAGGGAACGCCAUCCUUGUCACCGACACCGUCACCCGCCGGUUCCGUGGGUUCUGUUGGCAGUCAGAGUUCCGGAUACAGUAGCGGCGAACUAGCGAAUCGGGGAGCAGCUUCGGGCCAACCGCAACCCGCUCCGUAUGUUAGCGUUCCACUUAAUGUGCACAACGCUAUGGCGAAACAAAACCAUCAUUUCAGUUUGUUGUUGAGUUGCCACGAUCUCUGGGACCAGGCAAACGCUCUGGUAACGGAUAAACAUAGAGAUUUUUUCAUCGAGCUGGAUGAAAAAUUGGGACCUCUCACUUUGAAAAGUUCUUUACGCGAUCUGGUACGCUACGUUCAAGCUGGUAUAAAGAAGCUUCGAGAUCUCUGACCACAGUGGCAUAGCCCCAGACCGCCCACCCCGAAUUACAUUACUUCUCUCCCACAAAAUAUGGCUACCUAUCCAACGAUAUAUACAUAAAAGAAAUGGAAUUAUUUGGAAGAGAUUUGGAGCAGAUUUAGAAAACGAUACGAUCGGCGUAAUCGUAUAAUGAUUAUUAUAGAGUAACGUAACGCGCGUUGAGAGAAACGUUGAAUUUGGAAAGAUGAAAAAUCGGGAGAGAAAUCGAAAUCUGUUCUCAUUUCAACGAAUAAGGAUUAUUCUGACGGGGUUUAAGGAUUCAAGGUGGCCUGGGGAGUAACGAAGAAAGCGUUGCCGACGACAUGAUAUACGAAAAUUCGAUUAAUCACGUUUCUUCGUUCAGGGAUUCACGGAAGCGUGUCCUGGCAUUUAAAAAAAAAAAAAAGAAAAAAAAAAGAAAAAAAAACAAACUCAGAGCACCAACUUUAUAGUCAAUUCAGAAUAAAACUCGUCAAGAAGAAAGAUCGUUGUGGAUCGGUGCGUAGAAAGAAUCUCUUCUAUUCUGUGCAUAGCACGCGUUACUUAUUUUCACGAGACACGAGAAUGGAGAACGAGCGUGUGAAAAUUAAGGAGAAAGAGAUCGAAAUGGAGCAUCGAGAAGAAUGCUCGAAGAAGAUGAGGGAGUACACUGGUCCCUAUUUUUUUUCGGACUGAUCAUUUUUAUAAAUUAAAAAUGGAAUAGAAUCGAAGAUGCAAAAGGAAAGGUAGAUUGGAUGGAUUAUAAGGGGAAGAGAAGAUGGAAUUAGAGAAGAUGGAAUUUAGAAGUGCCACAGAAGCGCCCGUGUGUUCUCGCUUUACGGUGCGCCGCAGCCGACGUUACCUGAAGCAUGAGUUUCGUCUUGGCGAUUCGAGUGCGAAGAAUACACAAUACAAAAAUAUACAUAUAUGCAUAUAGUUUAUUACCUAUAUAAAUAUAUAAAUAAUUAUAAAAAAAAAAAAUAUAGAUAUGAAAAUAUAUUUAAUGAAAAGAGAACCAACGCGUUCGCGCACGCCGGCAUUUUGUUUCUAGCGGAAAACAAAAUUAAAAAAAAAAAAAAAAAAAAAAAAUAUGGCGACCGCGAAAAUCGCGAGGACUAGUUGAAGUUAGAGGAAAAAUAAAGAGGUGAAGAGACCAGGGAUGGGAGAAAUUUAGUGUGAUGAUGCAUUUCUCUUUGAGAUUGAGAUAUGCAUACCACGAGCAACAAGAUCAACAGUUGAUCCAAAUCGAUAGAACAUUACUAUUAUUACAUUACUAUUACUACCACUACUACUAUUACUACUACUACUAUUACUACUACUACUACUACUACUACUACUAUUACUAUUACUACUAAAAUGUCUUACGUCUGUGAACAAGGACACGACUCUUUUUUGUAGAUAGGUUACGAAAGAAAAAAAGUAACUUAGAUUAGAUAAUUAAUAAAUACGCAACAAGGAAAACAAAGUUAAACGAUAACAGAAGAAAUAAAACAUAAACAUAUUAUUUACAUUACUUAGAAUUAAACGGGGAAAUAAGUAGAGGUUCUAGUGAUGAGGAAUAAAAAAAAAAAAAAAAAGAAUAUUCGAGUAAUUACACAUAGUGCAUACACCACAUUAAAAAUAGUACGAUUAUAAAGAAAGAAAAGGAAAAAAAAGGAAAGGAAAGGAAAGGAAAGGAAGAAAGGGAGAAAAACGUGCACAGACACCAAAACGAAGAAAAAAAAAAAAUAAUAAAAUAAAAUAUAAAUCAGCGCGUGGUAACUUUCGUUACACGAGACGCGUAGAGGGAAAACAAAAAAACACAAAAAAAAAAAAAACAGAAAAUCAAGCGUAACGGAUAAGUAAGUUGCUCAUGUGUAUAUUUUUGUAAAUAGGUAUUUGCGAGUGCCGCCGCCUUGAGGGUGACCUGUCGACGUUUAAAUCGACGCGACAGGCCGGCCCGCCCCAAUUUUUGCUACCACAAAUCUUAUCGAGAAUCAGGAAAUUUCUAGUAAAAAGAAAAAAAAAAUAUUAAAAUACACGUACACAAGAUGUUACAUGUCCGCCGAAUUUGUCCCGAAGGUUUUUUCCGAAUCCGAAUUUCUUUAUAAAUGCUUGUGUUACCUUCGAUCUUUAUUUGUACAUUGUAUAUAUAUAUAUAUACGUACAUAUAUAUACAUAUUUCUUUUAUCGUUGUUUUUUUCUUUUUUUUUUUUCUUUUUCUUUCUUUUUUUUUUUUUUUUCUAUUACGUUCUACUCGAUUCGAUCGACCACCUUUCAUCCGCCUCUUUCGAAUCGAUUAUCGCAUUUGUUCGAUAUCGCUUUCUUGCGUUUUCGUUGUUCUGUCACUGAUAAAAUGAACAAAAAGAAAAAAAAAAAGAAAGAAAAGAAAAAAGAAAAAAAAAGAAAAAAAAACAACCGUUAUGUCGCAAGAUGCGCACGCAAUUUAGCGAUUUUCCUAUAUUUUCGCAGCUGAUGGAAUGUGGUUUAAAGUAUACGAGGUUUGAAUGUGAAAUGGGGAAAAGAAAAGGAGAACGAAACGAAAAACGAAACGAAAAAAAAAUUAUUAAGAAAGAAAAUGUACUUUUGUCUUUCUCGAUAAAACAGCGAAUUCGAUUUGAUAUACGAUCAUUGUAACGAGGAGAUAAAAAACGGAAGAGAACAAAGAAAAGUUUUAGCAGUAAGUUAACUGGCGCGCGAGCAUUCGAAAGAUGAUUUAAUCAUUCCUUGGACCAGAAUCAUAAACAGAUGAUAAUAAUAAUAAUAAUAAUAAUUUAUCUGGAUAAUUAGUCAAACAUAUCGAAAUUAAAUUGAAUUAAAUUUUGAAUCUUCCGUGUAAUCUUUUCGUUAAUCUUUGUAACGAUAAUAUCGAAAGAGAGUGAGAGUGAGAGUGUGAAAGAGAGAGAGAUAGAGAAAGAGAGAUAAAAAUGAGAUAGAGAGAAGGAGAAAGAAAUUGGACCAAUGUAAAUCGUAGGGGAUCGUUUAAUAAAAUCCAUUGUAUCGGCCAGUUCGUUGCUAAUACUUUUCUAGUGCUAGAGGAGAAGGAGAAAGCAAUGAAAAUAAAUAGAGAGAGAGAGAGAGAGAGAGA